CAAGAGAAGAAGCGUAACACUUUUUUACAAUUCAUCUAUUCUUGCGCUUCUUCUUUUGCUUCAUAUAAUCGCAAUAACGUACGCAACAAUAAGAAUAGGCUUUGUUCUCAGAUAACGAUGGCAUGGAAAUGGGCUUCUGGUGUGCUUAAAGAUCAAAAUAGCAUAUUCUUGACAAGCUUAAUUAGAAGAACCAUGUUUCGAAACCCGACAAUUGAAGCUAUAGUUAUCAAAGCCACCCGUCACGAUGAAUAUUCAACUAACCACAGGUACGUUGAUAGAUUGUAUGAGUGGAUAUGUCUAUCUCCAAAUCAUCUCACGCCUAUAGUAUGUGCUAUUACAUUGCGAGUGGAGAAAACUAGGAGUUGGGAGGUGGCCCUUAAGGGGCUUAUGCUAAUGCAUCGUGUUAUGUGCUUCGACAUUGUGGCUGUAAACAUGAUCGGGCGGUUGCCAUUCAACCUCUCUAGUUUUACAGAUGGGCAUUCCAACCCUGAGGAAGCAUGGUGCCUAAAUGCAUUUGUGCGUUCCUAUUUUGCAUUCCUAGACCAUAAAUCAAUCAUCCUUUUUGAAAAUUCACGAGAGGAUGAUUGUUAUAAAACAAAGUCAUCGGGUCACCAACUGUCCCAUUUCUCUGUCUCACACGACCUUAACAUGCUUCGAAAUCUACAAGGAUUACUUGACAUUUUGCUCCAAGUAAAGCCCCACUCGGAGAUAGCAGCUGUGCCGCUUGUUGUGCAAACCAUGGACAUGAUCAUGGUGGAGAUAUACAAUAUUUAUCAUCAAAUAUGCAUUACAAUUACGAGAGUUUUGCUACGAAUAUACAUGGUCGGGAAAAUUGAUGCCAAAAUCGCACUUCAGAUUGUGCAAAAGGCAACACUCCAAGGUGAAGCACUUGCCUUGUACUAUGAGUUUUGCAUAGAACAUGGGUUGAUCACCAAUUUAGAUUGUCCCAAAGUAAAACAAAUCCCGGAAGAAGACAUUCGAGAGCUCGAGGAUAUCAUAAAGGGACCUUCCCUUUCUGCUUCUAGCCCGACCAAUGAUAACCUUAACAAGUCAAUAGUAGCGAUCAAAGAACAAGAAAAAGAGACAACGACAAAAAGCAAGUUGAAAACCGUAAUCACUAAUCAUUGGGAGACAUUUGAUGAUUAUCAAAUGGUUUUAACAACUACAUGCAAUGCUAAUAAUGUGCAUGUUAAUUCUCAUCAAGACUUACCAGAUCUCAUCAGUUUUUUGAAUUUAUUGUAGGUGAGAUGAUAAGAAAUAACUUGAGGGGAGAAAAAUUUUGUAUAUGUACAAUGUAGUGAACUUGCUAGCUACGUAAUGAAUGAGAUUUUAUUCUAUUUUUUUU